AUGGCGCUUAGUGCCCUAGCCACCGGAAAUGGGCGCUCAGCACCAAGGGGCUGGUGCUCAACGCUGGUGCGUCUGGAAGUGGCACCCAACGUCUUGGAAUCAGUGCCCAAGCGCUAUCAGCAAUCUCCAACCCUUUUUAGAUCACUUCUACCUUUCCCUCCAAGAUUGGAAGAUCAUGUUCGAGGGACAUUCGUGCUCACGGGAGCAGAUUUGGAGAGAUUAAAGAAUAGGGUGCUGUCCAAGUGGGACAGUGUAGACAUAGUUGAAGCAGAAUCAGACUCAAACUCAACGGUUUCUUCAAAACCAACCAAAUUGUCGACUUUUGUUCUAACUUGCGCUUAUACUUUUGUUUGCAUUGCCAAGGCCUGGCACGGAGUUGAAAAGGAGAAAAAUAAGUUUGUCAGUGGGUUCCCUAUGGAUUGGAGGGCCAGGUUGGAGCCUCCAAUUCCUGAAAACUACUUUGGGAAUUGUGUGUGGGGGAGUUUGGUGGAUGCUAAGCCAUCUGCAUUUCUAGAGGAAGAAGGGUUGGUUAUUAUUGCCAAAAGUACUCAUGGUAAAAUAAAAGAGAUGGUAGAUAAGGGUGUUUUUCAUGUGAUAGUUAAUGCGGGUCCUAGAUAUGCAGCUUUGGCAAAAGAGGGAGUUGAAAGGUUAGGAAUUGUAGGGUCUAACCGUUUUGGGGUUUAUGGGAAUGAUUUUGGUUGGGGGAAGCCUUCAAAGGUGGAGAUAGCAUCGGUGGAUAGAGCCCUAACAAUUGGAUUGGCAGAAAACAGAGAUGCGAAAGGCGGUGUUGAAAUUGGAAUUGUUUUGAAGAGACCAGUGAUGGAUCUUUUUGCUACUUUGUUUCGUACAGGAUUGUCAGAUGAGUGAUUCAACACUGGAAUGGAACAUGUCAUUUUUUCAUCACAACCAAAAUGUCUUGUGCAUUUGCGACUAAAACUCUCUUUGGUUUUCUUAUUAAAUGAUAGACAUGAAGAAGGUAAAUAAAUGGCUAAAGGAAACAAAAUGUGCAACAAUUUAACAGUCCCAUUUCCUGGUGAAUCAAGAUGCAUUAACGGACACAUCAUGGUUCAUGAGUCCCACUACACUGAAACUGCCUCAACCAGCAGGCUUGACUCAAAAGAAUAAGAUUUCAAUGAGUAAAAAUGGUUCCAUAAGACAAUAGUUUAAGUGUGAGGUACGGCCACCAUUUGACCCAAACAGUACAUGACUUGUGAAGAAAAAGAAUGGUACAAUAUUCAUUCUAAUAACCAAACAUAAUUGAAUCAAAUGUCCAGGACUUCAAUACACAUGAAACACACCUUGGAAUACAAUAAAAAAUAAAAAAUAGCGUUCAGCCGAAAAUGAACAUAAUAGUCCGUGGUUUCAAUAAUUCCUAGUCAAAUAUCACGUUAACCUAUUACUCAAGCACGGAAAAUCACACAAUAACAACUAAACAAUAUAGUUAUCAUCACACAUAUUACAAAGUAAAUAUACACUCAAUUUUAGCAAAUGACGAUCGAAUACAGAUUUAACAACAAUUGAUUUCAUUACGAGAAAAAUAAAAUAUGACAUCAAAUUCAUCAUCAGCCUCUUCAUACACAAUAUUUCUAUCAUUCCCAAAAUACAGAACUCGCCUCUACAAUAGCGACACCCCUUUGCUGUGAUCCCCUCGCAAUAGUCGAAGCCCUUUGCAGCGAGUCCUUUUGUCACAAAACCCUGUGAUACCCUCACUCUGUGAUAGUCGAAGCCUGGUCACGUCGCCACAGCACCGUCGUCACACGGCGACAACAACAUCCUCCAGCCGUGACAGCAACCUUCUCACUCCGCGAUAGGAACCUCCUCACAACCUCGUCAAGAGGCACCUUCGGUACUCUCGUCGCCCUCCUUCCUGAAUGACGACCCUCCUCACCGACACUCUCCUCAUGUUGACACAUUGAUCGAAGAAAAAAGGGAUUAAUGUUUGGGGGAAAGGUGGAAUUGGAGAGGGAGAGAGGACUCUCAGAUGCUUAGGGAGGGAGAGAGGAACACUAUUCUUGCGCAAAAACAAUUUGGCAGAAUGGGAGAGGGAAAUCCCAAAUCUGAUUUCAUUAAGUCCAUGCCUAUAUCGACGGUCAAAAGCCUUCGAUAAAUUCAGUUCCAUUUACCGAUGGUCAUAAGCCGUC